AUGAACAUUACCAAAGCUCGAAAUACAUCUGUUGAAAAUGAUAAAAACCCUUCUUUGGAAGAAAAUAACUCUAAUGUUGCGGACACAACUAAAAAUGACUCUGAUGAGUCUAAGGCGUUAACAAUCAAGCACAGAAUCCAGAAUGUACGAAGACACCCACGAAUUUCCCGACCCCAAGUACAUGUUCAACCUCAAGGCGAAAGGGCUCACUACUCCCAAAAAAUUCGUUGUAUGUGGAAUGAGAACCAUCCAGAUUUUCAAAUCACAGUUGGUUCAAUCGAGGAAUGGACCUAUCGCGAAGAUGAAGAUCCUUCCCGCUAUAAUUGCCAUUGGGGAGAGUAUGGAGAUUAG